CUAACCAUGAAACAAACAUUAAAAUAAAUGACUGAUAAGAAAGAAGAAAAAAAUGCUUGAUGCCAAAAAAAUUUAUAAAAAUAAAUAAAUCGAAUGAUUGUAAUUCACCCAAUCAAAAUGAGUAAAGAUUUUGAGUUUUGACCCAACGUUAUAGUAUAUAGGCCCAGCUCCAGUCCAAGUUAUGGGCCCAAUGCGGCGGGAAACCGACGGUCCAGCUCCUGGCUGCGCAGUCCAAGUCAAAAUCGCAUAAUCAGAAAAGGCGGCUUCUGUGCAAUGCGAGACGACGACAACUGGCAUAAUAUAAUGGCUCUGAGCCUGAUUUUGACACGUGACCAAAUCAGAAAUGCUUACUUCCUUUCCUUUUACUCUUUUUUUUUUUUUUUGGUCUUCCUGUGUUGCUUCCAGAUUUCCAGGAGGAAAUGUUUGAUUAUAUACGACUCCAUGCAUCAAAUUAUUAAUUGUCCCUUCCCCUCAACCUUUAAAAUUUUCAUGUCCGAAAACUAAUUACGGAAUACUAAAAGUGGCCACCAGAGAAUGAGAACCUUCGUUGUUAUCGAUGUUUAGGAGGCGGCUCGCCAAUUUCUUUUAUGCGUACGAAUUGACGAACCCAUCAACGAGGUUUUCGAUCUAUCAUAACAGAUGAGAAUGAUCGAACUUCGAAUGAAUGAAAUCAAUAAUUAUAAAAACUCCAUUUUUUAGUCGUGCAACGCCACCGAAACUUAUAAUUCUCAAAAUAGGUGGCCUAAUUGGUCUUCGCUUGACUUACGAUGCAAGAAGUAAGAGAGCUACAUAUAGCUCACGGGAUUCUAUUAUGUGCACGCAUGUGUUGAAUGGAAGUCACGACAUACCAUCAUAUCAACUAUUAAACUCAUUUAUCCAAAGAUCAGGUCAAUCGUAAUUUAUAAGCACUCCUUCACUCUAAUUUAUACACUUUCAUUGCUAUCUAAUUUUAUCAAUAUUUUACUCAACAAAUAAACCGCAAGCUGAACGAAUUUUUCAAUUUUAAUCUGACGCAUUUCAUUAAGUGUGCACGUUUUCACUUCUUAAAUUUUCUCACCUAAAUGAAAUCGAUUGAGAAUCAAAGUGACAAACCCGUGCCACGCCUAAACUAACACCACAUAUGAAAUAAUUAACCCUUUAGCAUAAUACAAAUUUCGAAUACCAAAUAUCUAGGGUUUCCAUUUUCCUUUUCAAGACGGUCAAAUAUGAAAAGUGGAAGAGUCUAGAAGGGGCAUAGGUUUCAUCACACCGAUAUCCCGCGUGUCUCAUGUGAUCCUUGCGCCACAACAGAAUAUAUUGCUCCUGACCUGCCUAAUUACUAAUUAGUAGUGUGAUUAUAAUAAGGUUAGUACUUAAUAUGUAGACAAUUAGACAUAGUAUAUUAAAUACUAAUGCAUGGGGUUAUAUAGUAAUUACCAUUUCUGCUGCUGCUGCUUUUCCUGGAACUGCGGUACUAAGCAAGAAGAGACAGCUGCAACGGCACUAAUUUCUUGGAGCUCAAGUCGGCCGCCUCUCUCCCCCAUUCUUCCUUCCAAUUCCAGUUUCCAAGCCUUUCUUUUGACAUUUUCUUUUGAUAUUAUUUUCACAAUUUGGUAGCGGAAUCCAAGUUCUACAACCUCUCCCCCUCCCUCCUCUGUUCUUAGAAGCGUUAAAUCUCCGAACCCCAGAGUUCUUGGAAAACAAAUCUCCUUCCCUCCCUCUCUCUCGCUACGGUAAAGCUAGGUAAAACAUUGAUCUCCCCUCCCUGUUGCCUUUGUUUAGUCGCCUUUUAGUAUUGCUGAACGUAUUGCGAUCUGAAUGCAUUUGCGUAUGAUGUUCUUAUCACAGUUACCGUCGUCAUGAGUUAUUGAUUUGGCUGAUCUGCAAUUCGAUUAUUGUAGAAGUACAUAGGAGGGCAUCGUUUCAAUUUUCGAUUCCAUCAAGGUGGGAAGAAGGGUUUUUUUUUGUCAGUGAGCUGUGGCUGUUCAUUUAGAUACACAUUGUUCAAUCAUACCUCAGAGUUAUUUGCAUUUGUCAAAAAAGAGGCCAAAACAGUGGGUAUUGAGUCUGGUAUUACACCAUAGCCAGAUGAAGAAAGCGAUUUUUGGGUUUUGUUCUGUUGUCAAAAGGGUCCUAGAAAGUGGCUUUCUUGUUUGCAUCGGCAAGGUUGUGCACAGUAGUUUUUAGAAUGCACCCCAGCUGUUCUACUUAUUGUCUAAAUGGGCAUUUUCCCCCCUAACAUGUUUUCCGAAGCAUGAUAAUUCCUCUUAUAUGUCUGAUUGCCCUCUCGUUCUGUUUAACAGGUCCAUCAGGCAAAAACUUCAACAGUUGAUUUGGUUCUCAGACAGCCAUCAAUGGCAUUGGCAAGGAUUGCCAGAACCGGUCUACGAAGGACAAGAAUUUCUUCUUCCUCUCCUGCAAGUUUCUUCACACUCUCAGAGCAUUCUCCCGUCACAACAAGCUCCAUUCUAAAUCCACCUCGGACAGCAACUUCUUACUACCAAACAGUGAACCAUGCGAGCUUUUGGAGCAGCAGGGGAUUCAGGGGAACCCCAAAUCACCAGUUUCCGAGUGCAGAGCGGAUUGUGGACGAUCAUUUCGAGCACAAUGAGCCGAAACGCCCUGGCCUAGAGGCGACUAAGCGCGGCGAGAAGCCGAGGGUGGUGGUUCUGGGGACCGGAUGGGCUGCUUGUAGGUUCAUGAAAGGGCUGGACACCAAAAUCUAUGAUAUCGUCUGCAUUUCUCCGAGGAAUCACAUGGUGUUCACUCCUUUGCUGGCUUCGACAUGCGUUGGGACGCUGGAAUUCAGGUCUGUUGCUGAGCCAGUGAAUCGGAUUCAACCUGCGUUGGCUUCGGCGCCUGAUUCGUACUUCUACUUGGCGUCUUGCCUAGGCAUUGACACUGACAAACAUGAGGUAAUCUGCGAAACGGUGACCAAUGGCGGGCUGCCCAAGGAACCACACCAGUUCAAAGUAGCUUAUGACAAGCUUGUGAUAGCUGCUGGAGCCGAGCCACUGACUUUCGGGAUUAAGGGUGUGAAGGAACAUGCAUUCUUCCUCAGAGAAGUUAACCAUGCUCAGGAAAUCAGGAAGAAACUCCUCCUCAACCUCAUGCUCUCUGACAGCCCUGGAGUACCUGAAGAAGAAAAAAAGCGCCUUCUCCAUUGCGUUGUGAUUGGUGGAGGCCCUACUGGCGUGGAAUUCAGUGGCGAGCUCAGUGACUUCAUCGGCAAAGAUGUUCGCGAGAGAUUCUCUCAUGUCAAGGAUGACAUCAAAGUCACCCUCAUCGAGGCGAAUGAGAUCCUAUCGUCCUUCGAUGUUGGGCUACGACAGUAUGCAACGAAUCAUUUGACAAAGUCUGGAGUGAGGCUAAUGCGUGGUGUGGUAAAAGAAGUGCACCCGAAGAAGAUUGUUCUCAACGACGGAACCGACGUUCCCUAUGGUCUCCUUGUUUGGUCCACCGGCGUCGGUCCCUCCGAGUUCGUCAAAGAACUCGACCUCCCCAAGUCCCCUGGUGGAAGAAUCGGAGUCGACGGCUGGCUGCGAGUCCCGUCGGCGCCCGACGUGUUCGCUCUCGGCGACUGCGCCGGUUUCCUGGAGGAAACAGGGAGACCAGUGUUGCCUGCUCUGGCUCAAGUCGCCGAGAGGCAGGGGAAGUACUUGGUCGGGCUCUUCAACGACCGGAUCGGAAAACAGAACGGCGGCAAGGCGAAUGCCACGGCGGGGAAAGACGACAUUCCUCUCGGAGAUCCGUUCGUGUACAAGCAUAUGGGAAGCAUGGCGACGGUGGGGAGGUACAAGGCCCUGGUGGAUUUGCGGCAGUCCAAGGACGCCAAAGGGCUGUCCAUGGCGGGGUUCUUGAGCUGGCUGAUUUGGCGCUCUGCUUACCUGACGCGCGUGGUGAGCUGGAGGAACCGGUUCUACGUGGCGGUCAACUGGGCGACGACCUUCGUCUUCGGCAGGGAUAACUCCAGGAUAUGAAGAGUUUAAUUUAUGAUCACGAUAAUGAUUCUUUUUUGGGUCUGAUUGAAUCUGUGACAGUUCCAUUACUAUUAUGCUAUUAUGUUGAAUCGAUUUGCUUUUUUUUUUUUUUGGGUCGAGAUUGAAAUGUUCUGAGAAGAAGGGGGAAGAUGAAAUCAACACACACAAAAAAUCAGAUUGAACCAAGAAAUCAAAUUUUCAUUUCUCUGUACAAAUCCCCUGUUUCCGCCAUCAAAACUUGCAUUAGCCGGAAGGCGAGAAAGUGCUUUCUAGAGCCGACCCAUCCGAAGCUUCAAGAAAUUCGUCUUACAACGGAGAAUCGACGAAGACUCCGACUCCGGCUCCUGCCCGGCGGCGGAAGGAGAAAAUGGAAGCGAUGGAGUGAGCGAGGCCCGUCACUAUCGCCACCUUCACUUGCCCUCGCUUGGGGAUCGGCCGGCGCGAUAGUCUCAUCCUCCUCCUCGACGAAGACGCAUUGCUACCGCCGAAAGAACCUGAGCCUGCCAUCUCCGAUUUGGGAGUUUAACUUCGCCGCCGGUGAGGGGAGGAAGAAAGGAAUUGAGAUCGGAGGUGGAUUGAGUUUUGACGUUUUGGAGUGAAUUUUCAAUUUUGUGAGAUCGGAUUUGUGUGUUGGGUGUUUAUAUAGUGGAGCUUGGUUGGAAUAGGGGCAUGGUUUUGGGGUUAAUUACGGUGUUCAGCCACUGUUUUUGACCCUCGUUUGGCGAGCUUUGACCCUUUGCAGACUGAGAGUCUGGGACUGUCAGUCACUCAGCUCAACUUGCCUUGUGUUUUUUACUUGAUAAAUAAUGUGAUUCAAUCAUAAUAUUUAUCUCUUGAUCAGUUCAUAUUUAUCCCACGUUUUGAAUUUAGAGUAAAUCCUCCAAACUUUUGGGUUCCUCAAAAUAUUUAUUAGCAUAUUUUGGGAAUUUUUGUUUUAAAAUGUUUUCUUUUACAUUGGAGAAACAAUUGCAAAUUGUCGUUGCCACUUAAGUUUUUUUUUUUUUUUUUUGAACAAUAUCGUUGCCACUUAAGUGAUGUUACAAGCUUGAUAAAUUUUAGAGUAGUUGGUUCGAGAAUGUCCAAAUAUAAGGGUCGGGGGACUUUUGAAAGACAAGGCAAAGCUUGCAAAUCUGACGAGAAGUGUUUAAUAGAUGUAUCCUGUAAAAUAUAAUAUUGUUUUUAUAUAAUUUAAGCACAUAAUGUUUGUAUUUAGAUGGUGUACUCCUUAAACAUGAAAAUUGAUGUGUACAAGUCUUAUCUUUCGGUCAUGCAAUUUUUAGUGUUUUCCAAACAGUGAAUUUACAAAAUAAACUUAUUCCUAAUAAAUACACUAUUUUCGAAAUCAAAGUUUCAAAAAAAACUUACGAUCUACAUAUUGUAACAAACAUCACAAACCGCUCAUAUUAAAUCAGAUCGAAUCGUAUCGCUUCAAAAUUAUUCAUUUUUUUGGUAUAAUGACCAAGAAUGGUAACUUCGACGAAAUACCAAUCAAGAGUUAAAUCUGUCACGAUGCAAGGAAAAAAACUACACCAUAGUUUUUUUUUUUUUUUCAAAUUUACUCUAAAUGAAUCAAAUACCCUAUCCCCUCCCACUAACAAUUCUUUGGUGGUUUUUUAAACAGAAAAUUCACGUGUGUGAAUUGGCGGCCCACCACCAUCAGAAUCAAACCGCAGCCUAGAUGUCGUUAACCCAUCUGUGGGGCCUUGUUUUGUUGGUGUUUUCUUUUCCUUUUAAGUUUCUUUACUCCAUAAUAACUUAAUAAGAAUUAAGAACCAACUAUCUCUUUUCAAUUUUCAUGCAGUUGAUCAAGUUAGAUCAAUGUGCCUAAUUUCUAUCUAAAGCAAGCAUUCGAUAUGGACUAUUAUAGUUCUAAUAUGACCUAAUAGAUAUCUCACAUGAAAAAAUCACAUGGGGUCAAUUGAGGGGAAGAAGUUAAAUUAGGUAAACCCAAAAUAAAAUACAUUGCUACGG